AUGGAUUUGGUCGACUAUAGCAGAUCACAACUUACGAAUCGUCAUCGUCGUGGUAUGAGCCACACAGUGCCUUUAGAGGGACCCAAACGCGUAUCAGCUCUGUGCAAGGCAGCCAGAGGCAACGCGGAUCUCCUGCAUGAGGCGCUUGUGAAUUCGGAAGGACCGAGGGAUCUCAAGGGGGACCUGGUACAGGAGUUCUUAAGGAAAUGUCGUCAAUCUCAGGACGUCGUUCAGUCCCACGUUCCGAUGGUCAAAGCCGAGGUCGACCAGGCUCGCAUACUCUCUAUGGGCCAGGAGCACAGCAGUAUGACUCGCUAUUUGAAGGAGCUUUACAAAGUCAAUGAUGGGUUAUCAAUCGUGUUACAAUUAUAUGAUGCUUUGGAGCGCGCAGGCUACAAUUCAGAGGUCCAAGAACGGGUCAAGAAUGAGUUUACUAUCCGUCUUCUCUCCACAACAUCGGGUUCGUUUGAUGAGAAGGGUCGGCCACAAAGCAGCAAGCCACUGAGCAACCAAGAGCGAAUAGACCGAUUAUUUCAGGCUGCGCGAACAGGGCACGGAACUGCUGAGCUGUUGCGCGAUGCAUUGGCGCAUGCGCAGCCAGCAGAGCUGAACGGUCCGCUGAUUCAGGAAUUCCUCAAGAAUUGUCGCAGUACCCAAGAAGACAUCUUCGAGCAUAUACAGUGGGCCGACGUUGAAGCCGCCAGAUCGCAUCGUAAUGCUCGAUCAUCAACCUCAACUCGAGAAGAGCGAUUACUCAAGGAGCUGCUUGCCACCGACGAGGCGCUCACGGAGGCGAUCAAAAUGUUUGACGACAUGAAGCGAGAUCACCAUCAGCGUGGGUCAAGCAUAGAAUCUCAAGCAGGCAUAGAAUCCAUUGGAAUCGAGGAUGAGAUACAGCGACUAUUUACAACUAGCAGCACUGCGCGAGGAAACGCUGAGCUGCUGUCGGAUGCUCUUGCACAUGCAAGAGCUGAAGAUCUUGAAGGUGAAUUAAUCCAGAACGUGAUCGUGGCGAAGAUUCCGUGGGCGACCACUGAGGUGGAGAAUACCCCUAGCUCGUCGCACAAUGCCGAUCCUGCAGUCAAGGAGAGACUUUUACAGGAGCUCCUAGGGGCGAAUGAGGAAUUGAACCAAGCGAUGAAGCUCCACGAAGAUAUGAAGCGAGAACAUAAUGGGUUGAAGGAGGCGACAACAGCAUUCGGCGGAAUGGCCGUGGCGAACUCACUGGCUGAAAGCACACCAGCAUUCCCAUCUUCUCAAAUCGACAAGAGUUUCAACGGCUUGCCACCACUCACAUCAGAUGAUAAAGCUAAAUUCAUGAAAAUUUUCUUCGCAAAUGAGCCUCGCAAUGGCAUCCUGAGUGGUGCACAAGCACGAGAUCUCUUACUGAAGUCAAAACUAUCUCCGGAGACAUUGAAGAAAAUAUGGGACCUGGCGGACAUUACCUGCCGUGGUUCUCUAAAUGCUGCAGAUUUCGUCGUCGCCAUGUAUCUCGUGCAAGCUUGUAUGGAUGGAAAGCUGGCCUCCGUACCGGAUUAUCUGCCCACUAUUUUGUACGAACAAGCGGGUGACAAGCCUGCACCAAGUAUUUUCAGAUCACUUAGUGAUCCAGCCAUCCCGAGUUCGUACCGGUUGGAUGUCCCUACCAUGUUGCGUGGGAAUUCUAGCGAACCUUCUCGGAAGCAAUCCAUGGAUAUUUCUUCCGCUGAAAGAAGUCAUGCGGAUCGCGUGUUCAAUACUUUAGACCCACAAGGCACUGGUCGAGUGGAAGGAAAUGUAGUAGCUUCAUUCAUGCUCAAGUUGGGUUUACCUAUGGCGGACUUGACUCAUAUAUGGCAGGGAUCUGUAGACUCCAAGAAAUCCGGCAAGGAACUACCAAGCUCGCUGGUAUCUGACGCCAGUCUAGAUGCACAAACGGCAGGCCCUGCACCUCAACAACACGAAGUGUCGCUCCUCGAUUUCGACAAUUUGCCUGAAGAGACAUUGCCUCCUGCCCUCCCUCCAAAGCCGAUUGAGGAGAGUUCGAGUGGGCCGCCUAGCCCCUCGUUGGCAAUCAACACUGAUAAUAACCUGCCACCAGCUACUGAUCCGGCAUUUGACUGUUCUCCGUUCGUUAGCCCUCCGGCCUCCCCCUCAGCAAGGCAGUUACAUGCGCCUCCGGCAGUGCUACUGUCGCAAACGACUAUGGGCGGUGUACCGUGGGAUAUAAAUCCGGUGGCCAAGGCAAGGUUCGAUACAUUCUUUGACACGCUUGACCCUUGGAGAAGGGGAUACAUUGAAGCAAGCGUCGCAGUUCCAUUUUUCUCGCAGUCGCAAUUACCAGACGGUGUCAUGGCAACGAUCUGGGAACUUGCUGACACAAACCGCGACGGACGGCUCACGCGGGACGAGUUCGCGGUGGCCAUGCAUCUUGUACGGGAAACGUUAAAGGGCAAGAAACUCCCUAUUUCAUUGCCGCGGUCAUUAAUUCCACCAUCGAAACGACCGCCAGCCCCCGCUCCCGCACCUAUUGCUGUUCCAACCCCCGUGCCUGCCCUCGUUCCCGCAUCCAGCCUUAACCAAGGUAGUCCAAGUGCUGUCGAACCAACCCCAUCAUCGACAUCCCCACUCACGCUCCUUGAAGCUGCUCCAAGGGCUGAAACUCCCCCUCCGCCUUAUCAGGCCAUUGAAGGAGACGCCAUUGCAGAAGACGUUUCAUGA